AUGCCGUCGGAGAUUAUCACCCAUACUGAACGGGUACAGCGACAACGCGUCCAGGAUGGCUGUGACGCAGGAGAGCAGUGGGGAAAUCGCCUGGGCAGGAGUCCGUACAGGCGAAUGUUGCUUCUUCCCCUUUAUACGCCCGCCGAUCUCCUCAGGCAGGAUGUGACCGAAUUUACGCUGGCCCAGUCAGCAAAUACCUCUCGCACAAAAACAUGCGAAAUCGAAGAUCUUCCCCACCGACUGUGCGGUUUGAUGCAAGAAAUGAAAUGCGAAGCGCGAAUCAUCUGUGUUCUGGAAGGCGUUCGGGCAGCUCUCGCCAUUCCGCAGCCCCAUAUUACGGCGUCCGCUCCGUUCUCUGAGGGAUCUCCAAGUGGUUGCAGGGACAAGAGCUCUGGGAGGAAAGAUUCUUUUCCUGGUUCACUGGCUCUUCCCACCCUAGCGCAGCAGCUGGAAGAUACAGCCACUCCAGGCAGGGCGCCGGGACCGACCACGGAGUCGAUGCCUGUUUCCUAUUCUUUCUCUGCAGAAAAUCUUGACGAGUUGAUUUCAAUGCUGCUCAUCGAAUGGGGUAUAGACACCCAGGAGCCCCUGAACCCCGCGGGUACUGCGCUGUUUCUCUUGGGGGCGGUGAAGCAACUCCGCGGAGCUGCACAGCUUUCGGAGUUGCCUGUGGACUUGCAGCAGAGACCAAAAAAACGUAGACAAAUGUCGUUUGCCUCUGCCGUAAUUGUCAACAAAAUCGCGUCGGGUGCUCUACCUAUAUCCUCGCGGUCGCUCUCGCAUGAUUCCUCGUCCAUCGUGUCUCCCGAAACACCAACCACUGCCCACGUCCUAGACGACGGGGACACCCUCGAGCAGAGUGAGGAACGGGGCCACGGGGUCCGAGGCACAAUAUCGAACAACCACGUUUCGACUUUCGCAUGUCGGCUAUGGGCGGAGCAGCUCAUGCAAAUUUCAGGUGUUACAGAUAAAGUCGCCAGUGCCGUCAUUCGCCGCUUCAGGAGGCCAGCGGCUCUCGUGUCUGCGCUUCAAACUGCCGAGAGGAGGGACAACAGAUGCACUGAGCCAAUCCGGGGAGACGCUUGCUCUCCUGCAGGGCCGAGCUCCGUCGGAGACGGCAGCAGCGGAAAGAAGGCAAAACGGCAGCCUAGAAGUUCCCGGCGGAAGAUAAAUGUGGCGAACGCAUGCCUGAUGGCUAUCGUGAAGGAAAUAGCUGAUCUGGAAGUGCCCUCGGCCUUCACCGGGACGGGACUGACAGGAGGGGCCAUCGCUGCGCCUCCGCGUGCGUUGCGAGUUGGAAUGGCCCGGGCUGAGAAAAUAUGCCGGCUUUUUCACGAGCACGUAGACAGCAGAAGUAUCCUUUAA